AUAUUAAAACUGUAAAUAUUACACUUAUUGCAAUUUUAUUUUUACCAUGGCAAAAACCAACCAUGAAGUGCUACCACCAAGUCUUGCUGAAACAAUGUCUUCCACAAAAGUUUCUUCUCAAACCAACAUAGGUCCCAAAAAAAGUAUUAGUGGAAUAAAGACUCCUGCAAAGGCCUCAAAAAAAUCUUGUUCUGAGAUCUCCUUUAAAGAUUUUUUGUAUUUUCUUCAAACUGCAUACCAAGUUAAUGAUUGUGUUGAAGGCAAUGUCACUAACACAAAUUUUGAUUGGAAAAGUGUUGCUGGAAAUCCAUUGAUAGCUUCAAUAUUGGGAAUAAAUGAAGAGCAAGUGCAAAAAGUUUCUGAGCAAACAUGCAUUGAAAAUGCUGUUGAAGAAGCAAAGAGAGAAGUUGCAGAAAUCAGUAGUGAAAAUAAAUUUCUGUCACUGAAGAAAGCUGAAUCUACUAGUUUUGAAAAAAUAAAAAGUAAUGCUGCUGAAGUUUCUAGUGAAAUACGAAUGGCAAGCAAAAAGCUUUCAGAACACAGAAAUGUUGAGCAAAUUCUCAAAAGAAAAUUAAAUGAAAUAAUUCAGGAAGGUCUAUUAGAUUCUGUGCUACCAUAUGUUGUGCCAAAACAAACGGUUUGCCCACAACCCUCUCCCAAAAAGUCCUUCUCAGAUAUAAAUAAACCUGUAGUUGGAGGAGAUAAAGCAACAAUGCAACCAACUCCUAAAGAAAAACUGAAUUCUGCAUCCAAGAGGAAAUCAAGUACAUCUGGCGAAGUGGAAGUGGAAAUUCAUGUGUGUGAUGAAGUAAAAAAUUUAAAAAGAGACUUUAGAUGUCCCCAGAAAUUGCUUGUAUCUAAAAUGGGGUAUUUUGCUGAGGUGACUACAGGGCAAAAACUUGAAGAUAUGGAUAUAUCUGUACAUUGUGAUAUAACAAUUUUUGAUUGGCUGAUGCGUUGGGUCAAGAAAGACACUCAACCUAUUGAAACAUGGCCAACACUUGAUCCAUCAAAUGUGGUUCCAAUAUUGGUAUCAGCUGCAUUUUUGCAAAUGGACCCUCUAUUACAGGACUGUUUAAAUUUCUGUCAACAACACAUGAAUGAAAUUGUUAAAGCAUCAACAAAUUUAGCAUGCUUAAAUGACAAUAUACUGACAAGAUUGGCUAAUCUUUUUUCAAAUGUUGAUGUUGAGAAUUUACGUGACAGGAAAGAUAAAAUUCAGACAAGAUUGUAUUGCAAGUUAAUAACCUCUCUGACAGAAUCUACACCUGAUGCAUCAAGAGGACACUUUGCAAGUUUGGCAUCUAUGUAUAAAUGUUGUAAAUGUGAAAGGCUUGUUCUUCGUCAAUUGUCAUCUCAUAUUUUGUGUAAGCCAAGCAGCAUGAGGAUGGAUCGCUUUGGGAAUAUUAGUGCAAUUCAUACACGAGAUACAAACUGGAAUCUUAAUGAUUAUAUUCGGAAGUUGCACGAAGAACUCAAGUCAUGGCGGGCAGUGUACUGGCGAUUAUGGGGUGACUGCCAUUUUCUUUUCUGUACUACAUGCCAUCACUACUUCCCAAUUCAUCAAAUAGGAUGGUGUUGUUAUCACCCAGAACAACCUCAAUUUUUCACAAUGGAACAUCAGCGGUCCAUGAUGUACCCAAUUGGUCGCUUUCCUUGUUGUGGAGAGAGAGCAUAUAGAUUUGAAGUUUUACGAAAUCAGUCGGGUUGUCAGUUUCGAGAGCAUACUCCUACUUUAAAUACAGAGAAGGAAAUUUCUGUGCAUAAGAUAUAUACACAACAUAAACAUUUAAUUUCAUUAGAACCACCAAAACUUGUUUUUCCUGAACGUUUAACAAGGCUAGUCAGUAACAGAGGUGAAGCUGAUAGAACUGUCAGUACUGAUGUCAAUCCUAGGACAUCAAAUCGAGAAAUUUUGUGGUGGGAGGGAAUGGAACUUGCACCUCCCCGUCCUCGCCUAGGCCUAUUAUGUAGGCUUUGGGACACACAAAACAAAGAAUCAAACCAAAAUGCUUACCGUGAGUCUGCA